GCUCGAAUUGGGUAGGUAGAUUGUAAACCGACCAUUUGAUUCCAGAGAAUGGCAUCACUGGCGGAGGGAGCCAGCGAUGGAUCAUGGAUUUCAAGUUGAUUGUAUGGACAACCAGUCUCGGGUGAUUGGGCGGGGAGGUCAAAAACGUGGAAAUCUUUUGCCAGUUGCCCCUCCGCUGUUCGGCCCCGCGCUGAGAGAGACAGCACUCAUCAUCAUCAACCACCCCCUUUCAACGAGAGAUAAAAAAUCCCCGUCCACAUCCAACCCCAAACCAGCAUAUUUCUGGAGAUUUCCAAGUCUACAAGGCAUACAUACGCCCUUCUCUGCGAGUGUACCGGAGCAAAUCCACACGAAAAUGGAUAAUAUCGCAUCCAUCCCAACGCCCCCGCACUGCACGGCGGACUUCUGCUUGAUUCCCAUUGGCACCGCGUCUCCAUCAGUGUCCGCCCAAAUCGCCGACGUCCAGCGCCUGGUCGAAAAAUCAGGCCUCAAAUUCGUCAUGCACUCUGCUGGAACAACCCUUGAGGGCCCUUGGGAUAAAGUUCAUCAAGUCAUUGGCCAGGCGCAUACCAUUCUUCACCAGCAGGGAAUUGUGAGGAUUCAGACGGAUAUUCGGGUUGGAUCGAGAACCGACAAGGAGCAAUCGUUUGAAGAUAAGGUCAACAAGGUCAGGUCGUUGCUGGGAAAAGAGUAAAUAUUGUGGAGUAAGAAUAUAAGUGGUCGGUCC